AUGAGCGUCACGAAGGAAGACGUGAAAAAGUUCCUGGAUGAAAACCCAGCCUUUGCCAAAGUUUACUUUGACAAGAAGCUCAAAGCUGGGGCCAUCGCUGCGGUGAUGAACAGGCCAGAGUCCACAGUGGACUUGGCCACUUUCAAGGAUUUGAGCCAGGUGGAAGAAGCAGGGAUCCUGUUCGACCUCAUCCACGAUAUGCAAGAGAACGUUAACAUGGAGAAGGUGGUCUUCAAGAUCCUCAAGAGGAUCAGCUUUCUGAUCCACGCUGACCGCUGUAGCCUGUUCAUGUACCGCCAGCGCAAUGGAAUCGCCGAGCUCGCUACUCGCCUCUUCAACGUCCACAGCAAUGCUGAGCUCGAAGAUUGCCUGGUGCCACCCGACUCAGAGAUUGUGUUUCCUCUGGACAUAGGGGUUGUAGGGCAUGUUGCCCACACCAAGAAAACAAUGAAUGUCAAAGAUGUAUCAGAGGACAGUCACUUCAGCUCAUUUGUGGAUGAAUUAACAGAGUACACCACCAAGAACAUCUUGGCCACGCCCAUCAUGAAUGGCAAAGAUGUGGUGGCGGUCAUAAUGGCCAUCAACAAGACAGAUGGGCCGUUCUUCACAUCUGAGGACCAGGAUCUUUUUUUAAAGUAUCUCAACUUUGCCAGUUUAAAUCUGAAGAUUUUUCACCUGAGUUACCUGCACAACUGUGAGACACGUCGAGGACAGCUCCUGCUGUGGUCGGCCAACAAGGUGUUUGAAGAGCUCACGGACAUUGAGAGACAGUUCCACAAGGCCCUUUACACGGUGCGAGCUUACCUGAACUGUGACAGGUACUCUGUGGGCCUGCUGGACAUGACCAAGGAAAAGGAGUUCUUUGACAUUUGGCCGGUGCUGAUGGGAGAGCAGCCCCCGUACAAAGGUCCUGUGACCCCAGACGGCAGGGAGGUCAUCUUCUACAAAGUCAUCGACUACAUUUUGCACGGAAAAGAAGAAAUCAAAGUCAUACCAAAUCCUCCUGCAGACCACUGGGCAUUGAUUAGUGGACUUCCGACUUACGUGGCAGAGAGUGGUUUUAUUUGUAAUAUCAUGAAUGCUGCAGCAGAAGAAAUGUUCAGCUUCCAGCAAGAACCCCUUGACAGCAGUGGUUGGACCAUCAAGAAUGUACUUUCCUUGCCUAUUGUCAACAAGAAGGAGGAAAUUGUGGGCGUGGCUACGUUUUACAACCGAAAAGAUGGGAAGCCGUUUGACGAGCAGGAUGAGCAACUGAUGGAGUCUCUUACACAGUUCCUGGGCUGGUCUGCGCUUAACACAGACACGUAUGACAAAAUGAACAAGCUGGAGAACAGAAAAGAUAUCGCCCAAGACAUGGUGCUAUACCAUGUCAAAUGCCGUAAUGACGAGAUUCAGAACAUCCUGAAAACACGAGAGUAUUACGGAUGCGAGCCCUCAGAAUGUGAAGAAGAUGAACUCUUACAGAUCUUGAAAAAAGAACUUCCUGGCCCAACAAAGUUUGAGAUCUAUGAGUUCCGGUUUUCUGAUUUUGACUGCACAGAACUGGACCUGGUCAAGUGUGGCAUCCAGAUGUAUUACGAGGUUGGGGUGGUCAAAAAGUUCCAGGUCCCACAAGAGGUCCUAGUCCGGUUCAUGUACUCUGUCAGCAAGGGCUACAGGAAAAUCACCUAUCACAACUGGCGUCACGGGUUCAAUGUUGGGCAGACUAUGUUCACCUUAUUAACGACGGGUCAGUUGAAGAAGUACUACACAGAUCUGGAAGUUAUGGCCAUGAUCACAUCCGGUUUCCUGCAUGACAUUGACCACAGGGGCACCAAUAACCUCUACCAGGUGAAGUCACAAAACCCCUUGGCCAAGCUUCACGGCUCCUCUAUUCUCGAAAGGCACCACUUAGAAUUCGGAAAGUUUUUAUUAGCAGAUGAGUCCCUUAAUAUCUACCAGAACCUCAACAGAAGACAAGUGGAACAUGUCAUACACCUAAUGGACAUUGCUAUCAUUGCCACAGACCUGGCACUGUAUUUCAAAAAAAGGACUAUGUUUCAAAAGAUAGUCGACCUUUCAGAGACAUACGAGGACAGGAAGAAGUGGGUGGAUUUCAUGUCCCUGGAGACCACAAGAAAAGAGAUUGUGAUGGCUAUGAUGAUGACAGCCUGCGACCUGUCGGCCAUCACCAAACCAUGGGAGGUGCAGAGCAAGGUGGCGCUGUCUGUGGCUGCAGAGUUCUGGGAGCAAGGUGACCUGGAGAGAACCGUUCUGAAUCAGCAGCCCAUUCCAAUGAUGGACAGGUACAAGGCUGCAGAGCUUCCAAAGCUCCAGUGUGGUUUCAUCGACUUUGUCUGCACCUUUGUGUACAAGGAGUUCUCUCGGUUCCAUAAAGAAAUUCAGCCCAUGUAUGACGGCAUCCUCAACAACAAAAAGGAAUGGAAGGCCAAGCAGGAUGAGUAUGAGGCACAACUGAAGGCCAUUGAGGAAGCAAAGAAGGCAAAAGAAGAGGCAGAAGCUGCCAAACAUGCUUCAAACAACAAUGCCAGUGCAGGCUCUGGGUCCAAGACCUGCUGUAUCUGCUAA